CGCCUGACUGGGUCACUUUGUGCCAAGUCUGGCUGCUGUUUCGUAAUGAGCGAACUCUUUCCUGCCACUUCUCAGCAAAACCUCAGCGGGAAUCUCCGAGCGUUGCCAGAGGAGCUGCUUGCGAGAAGGUGAAGUUCUGCUCUGUAGUGGCCAAAGAGAAUUCCUCCUCUUUUUAAUAGCCUUCAGAGUAGCAGAAAGUCAGCUGUUCUUGUCUGCCUUAGGAAAAGAAGACUUCAUUCCAGAGCCUGGUAUCAUAUCCCACAGUAUUUCCAAGGAUCCCUCCAACUACAAGGGCAGAUUUUGAAGAUGGCGAAAGAGGCGAGUCCAUGCCCAUGUGACCUCGGAGACAAGCUCGAGUACACAGGGGUUGGCCGUGAGGUCUCUGUGGGGCACAUCAAGGCCUACUUAAGCCUGCCCUCCGUCAGCACGGACAGAGCCAUCGUAGUGAUUCAUGACAUAUUUGGCUGGCAACUCCCAAAUACCAGAUACAUAGCUGAUAUGCUUGCAUGCAAUGGAUUCAUAGCAAUUUGCCCUGACUUUUAUAAGGGACAAGAGCCUUGGAAACCAUCUAACAACAAGCAAGAAUUCAACGAUUGGCUAAAGUCACGGGAUCCCAACAAUAUUAACAAGGAAGCAGAUGUUGUCUUGGCAUAUCUGAAGCAACAAUGUAAUGCAGAGAAGAUAGGUGUCAUUGGAUUUUGUUGGGGUGGAGCUGCUGUACAUCAUCUGAUGUUGCAUUAUUCCGAAUUUAGGGCCGGCGUGUCAAUCUGCGGAGUUAUCACUUUAAUGGAGGAUAAUUACAGCUUGAAGAAACCAACAUUUUACAUUUUUGCAGAGAAAGAUGACAUCAUUCCUCUUUCCCAAGUUGCAGAGCUGGAAGAGAAGCUGAAACAGCAAAGCAAAGCUGAUUUUGAAGUGAAAAUUUAUCCCGGACAAACCCACGGUUUUGUGCAUCGCAAAAAAGAAGACAUUAACCCUGAAGAUAAACCUUACAUUGAAGAAGCUCGGAAGGACAUGCUGAGUUGGCUCAGCCGAUAUGUCUAACAUGCCACAUAAGCUAUCAGAAUGUCAGUUCACCACAGAAAUGUUAAAAGUAAGGACACGAGAGCAGAAGCAAAGCCCUGCUGGAUCAGAGCAAGGCCCAUCUAGUCCAGCAGUCCAUACACACACCAGCAAACCACAUGCCCUCAGGAUCCCGCAAGCAGGAUGGCUGCAAGACUUCCUCCUGCCCAAGUUCCUCAGCAUACUUUUCAAAGGUCUGUAUCAGCAAAAGGUAGCACUGAUCCCAUCUCCCACUGUAAGCCAUUUUCCCAUUGCAUGUGCCCAGACACACGAAACACACCCACCGUCAGGCUUUCAUUCAUGCAAAAGCGUACAGACGCAGACAGAUGCAGCUGCUGCUAAAAGCAACCUCCCUGGCUAGCUCAAAUGAGGCUGAGUAGGAGUUCUGCAUUGAUAUCUGAGAGACAUUCAGGAUGUAUGAGUGGCUGUGGGUGGGAUCGCGUGGGAGAAAUACAAUGACAAGUGCUGAUGACAAAGACAAGGGUGCUGGCAGCCAGUGUGGGAUACUGGUCGGAAUGCUGGACUGGGACUCUGGAGAACUGGUUCUAGUCUCUGCUCAGCCAAGCAGCUCACUGGAUGAUCUUGCCACAGCCAUUAGUAUAACCUUCAGUGCAGGGCUAUUGUGAGGAUGUGAGGAGGAACAUUAUGUAAGCCACUCUGGGUUGCUUGGAAUAUACAUGUAAUAAUACAUAUUAAAAACAAGCCUCCGCUGGAAAACUUGGUGAAAGUCAUAAAGCAUCACCUGAUCUGCUCUGGCCUACAAGUGAAAGGUGGGUUUCUUGGCUGGUCUCCCUUAGAACCUGUUAUUUGGCCAAUAAUGGGAGGUGGGGCCCUUGUAUUUAGUGUUAAUUUCUCUGUGGUGUGGUGACAUUUUGAUACCUUGUACCUUUCAGGCUGCCGGUUCAAAUUAUACAAGGGGCUUAAAAAAGGGGACUACAAAAGAUAAAUAUAAUGUAAGCAUUAGAAAAUCAAAAUAAGAGUUUAACAAGACGACAGACCAUUUGGGAAGACUAUGAAAUUGUUCUGUAAUUUAUGGCUUAUAGCUCUUAAGUGUUUCAUGGGUUGUUAGGUGGAAGGCACAAGCUGCAAGAUAAGGAAAUAACUUUGCUUAUCAAUAUUCCAUGCCUCCUCCUUUAUUAAAUAAAGUUUUUAAUGAUG